CUCCUCGUGCCGCAGUACAGGAGGAGAGAGGUGCCAAUGGGUGGAAAAGGGAGAGACCUGUUAGCGCAUUCCUUCCCUUGCAGUUUCCCACGCCUCUUCAGGGCAUGAUGAUAGUAGUCUACUCGAGCGCAGUAGAAUACUAUCCGCAUUGGCUGGCACAUUUUUUUUCUUCUUCUUCACACAAUCUUUGGGGGAUACCUCAAUAGACUGAGGCUGCAGCACUGAAUAGCCUGUAACAGAAUGCAGUGCCUGUGCUUCACCACCAGAGGACCCCCCCUCAUGCUUUCUAGGUGUUGGUGCAAUUUACUUUAUUGAGCCGCAGUUUUCUUUCUUUCUUUUCUUCCCAUCCUACUCCUCCACACCUCCGAAGUGCGCGUCUUCCCAUUUUCUGUCCGCUGACCUGAAAACCUGCAUCCGGGCGCAAGAGAGACUCAGCAGACAUACUGAGUAUAUCCACACUGCAGUCAUGGCAACUGAAGGAGAAUCAAUGUUUCAUGAUCAAAGUGACUUCGAAUAUGAUUAUGAGACACUUCGAACUACAGGGGUCAUCAUUGGUGUGAUCUUGUUUGUGUCGGGUAUCCUAAUAGCUCUUACUCUAAUACAGCAGGCACCCAAAUACCAAAGACAGAGGUGCCUCCUCAAACAGUAUAGACGAAGUGUGCAUGGAGGCGAGGGAGAGUCAUCAUUGGAGGUGCUGCAGAGAGGCAAACACACACAGUAACACACACUGACUUGUUUAUGGCUGACACACACCAGUGUCCAUUGGAACAUCAAGUAUGUUACACACCCAGCCCAAGCUGACCAGAAGAAUGAUUCAAUUGUCAAUCUUGAUUUAAAUAAAAUGUAUAUCAAGCCAAGAUGAA